AUGAUACUCUCAUCUCUGCUGGCAGUGGCCGCCGUGGCAGUUCCGGUGUGGGCGGUCGAUCCCAUCAAGCCAAUGGCGGCCGGUCUUUUCAUGGAGGCCCUUGACCCCCGCGCCCUCCCGGACUCCCCCUCGGGAGGCUACGCCCCGUCUAUCGUCGACUGUCCGGCCGCCCGUCCCACUAUCCGGUCCGCUUCCGCCCUGUCGCCCAACGAGACGGCAUGGCUCCCCCGCCGCCGCAACGCCACCGUCGAGCACAUGCGCGACUUCCUCACCCGCGCCAACAUUCCCAACUUCGAUGCCGGUGCCUACAUCGACCGCGCCAGCUCCUCGUCGUCCCGACUGCCCAACAUUGCCAUUGCCGUGUCCGGAGGCGGUUACCGUGCGCUCAUGAACGGCGCCGGGUUCCUGGCCGCUGCUGACAGCCGCACGCCCAACUCGACCUCGGCCGGCGGCAUCGGCGGCCUCCUCCAGUCCGCCACCUACCUCGCCGGCCUCUCGGGCGGUGGCUGGCUCGUCGGCUCCAUCUUCACCAACAACUUCUCAACCGUCACCGACCUGCAGCGCGGCUCGCAGGGGUCCUCCGUUUGGAAGUUUGAUCGCUCCAUCUUUUCUGGCCCCCGCGAGUCUGGCCUCUCCAUCCUCAACACGGCCGAGUACUGGAGAGACGUCGCGCGCCAGGUCAGCGCCAAGGACGAGGGAUUCGAGGUCUCCAUCACCGACUACUGGGGCCGCGCCCUCUCGUACCAGCUCGUCAACGCCACCGACGGCGGCCCGGCCUACACCUUCUCUUCCAUCGCCGACUCUCCCGACUUCCAGUCCGGCGAGCAGCCGUUCCCCAUCCUCAUCGCCGACGGUCGUGCCCCCGGCGAGCGCAUCAUCUCGCUCAAUGCCACUGUCUACGAGUUCAACCCCUUCGAGCUCGGUACUUGGGACAACACGGCCUUUGGCUUCGCGCCGCUUCGCUACCUCGCCUCUAACUUCUCCGCGGGCCGUGUCCCCGACAAUGGCUCUUGCGUCCGCGGCUUCGACCAGGCCGGUUUCGUCAUGGGCACCUCGUCGACUCUCUUCAACCAGUUCAUGCUCCAGAACAUCUCGUCCGCCGGCCUCCCCGAUUUCAUCCAGAGUGCCCUCACGAGCAUUCUCAACAUCCUCGACCAAGACAAUAACGACAUCGCCCAGUACGUGCCGAAUCCCUUUUUCGGCUGGAACCCGCGCACCAACCUCAACGCCAACCAGACCCAGCUCUCGCUCGUCGACGGCGGCGAGGAUCUCCAGAACAUCCCCCUCCACCCCCUGAUCCAGCCCAACCGCGCCGUCGACGUCAUCUUCGCUGUCGACUCCUCGGCCGAUACCAACUUCAACUGGCCCAACGGCACCGCCCUGCGCGCCACCUACGACCGCGUCGCCGAGCCCAUUGCCAACGGCACCCUUUUUCCCCCCGUGCCCGACGCAAACACCUUCAUCAACCUCGGCCUCAACCGCCGCCCGACCUUCUUCGGCUGCGACGCCUCCAAUUUCACCCUCCGUGGCGCACAGCGCGUGCCGCCACUCGUCGUCUACAUCCCCAAUGCGCCCUACGUCGCCCACUCCAACGUCUCUACUUUUGUCCCCAGCUACGAGCUGCCCCAACGCGAUGCCAUCAUCCAGAACGGCUACGACUCAGCAACCCAGGGCAACUCCACCCUCGACGCCCAAUGGCCCGUCUGCGUUGCCUGCGCCGUGCUCUCGCGCAGCAUGGACCGCGCCCGCGAGACGGUCCCCGAGGCCUGCACAGCCUGCUUCCAGCGCUACUGCUGGAACGGCACACUUGAUACCCGCGACGUUGAGUACAACCCCGAUUUCUCCAUCGGUAACAUCGAGGUCAAUAGCCCCGCUGCGAGAGCGGGCGCCAGUCUGGCGGCGGGCGUCGUGAGCGUCGCGGCAGUCGUGAUGCUCGUCAUCUGA